UGUCCUGACCUGCAUAGUGUCUAGGAAUUUUCCCAGGGAGACAUUGAGAGACACUGCCAAUGUGACGACAAUUUAAUUUGAGAAGUAUAAGCAAGCCCAACCAUUAUAUUAGCAAUUUAAUACAAGCAAUAAAUAAGUCUUUCGUAAUAUUCACCAAACGUAUUGGAAAUAAUACACGACACACUUUCUUACCUUUAGUCAAUUCAACUUGUAUUUUACCGAGCAAUAAUUUAUCUUGUUGCUCCCCCAAUCAUCAGUGCGUGAUAGAAGACGAGCGAGACCAGACCAGCCCAGCCCAUACCAGAUAGAAUCACGUCAGUCUAGAGUGACAUAUAUUUUUAUUAAAAUUAACUUAUUUGUAGUAGAUUGAGAAAUUUUUUACGACAUAAUAUAUCAAAUACGACAAAAUCAUGGGUGCUUGUUGUAGUUGCUUAGGUUCAUUUACUAGCGAUGGCAAUCAUCCCCAGCUAUUAUUAGCAGAAAAUGAAAGAGAAGCCAUCUCAGCACUUUUACAAUAUUUGGAAAAUAGGUCUGAUGUUGACUUCUUUAGUAAUGGACCGUUAAGAGCAUUAAGUACUUUAGUAUAUUCAGAAAAUAUCGAUUUACAAAGAAGUGCAGCAUUAGCAUUUGCAGAAAUUACAGAAAAAGAUGUAAGAGAAGUCAAUAGAGAUGUAUUAGAACCAAUUCUUAUUUUAUUACAAAGUAAUGAUUCAGAAGUUCAAAGAGCUGCUUGUGGAGCUUUAGGAAAUUUGGCUGUUAAUACUGAAAAUAAGAUUUUAAUAGUUGAAAUGGGUGGAUUAGAACCAUUAAUUAGACAAAUGAUGUCAACAAAUAUCGAAGUUCAAUGUAAUGCCGUUGGUUGUAUAACAAAUUUGGCUACUCAAGAUGAUAAUAAAUUAAAAAUUGCUAAAUGUGGAGCUUUAAUUCCAUUAACAAAAUUAGCUAAAUCAAAAGAUAUAAGAGUUCAAAGAAAUGCAACUGGAGCACUUUUAAAUAUGACCCAUUCAAAUGAAAAUAGACAAGAAUUAGUUAAUGCAGGUGCAGUUCCAGUUUUAGUAUCAUUAUUAUCUAAUGAAGAUUCUGAUGUUCAAUAUUAUUGUACAACUGCUUUAUCAAAUAUUGCAGUUGAUGAAGCCAAUAGAAAAAAAUUAGCUAGUACAGAACCAAAAUUAAUAUCUCAAUUAGUAAAUUUAAUGGAUUCACCAUCACCAAGAAUUCAAUGUCAAGCAACAUUAGCUUUAAGAAAUUUAGCAUCAGAUUCAGGUUAUCAAGUAGAAAUAGUAAGAGCAGGUGCAUUACCACAUUUAGUUCAAUUAUUAACUUGUAAUCAUCAACCUUUAUUAUUAGCUGCAGUAGCUUGUAUAAGAAAUUUAUCAAUUCAUCCAUCAAAUGAAGCUUUGAUUAUUGAAGCUGGCUUCUUAAAACCUUUAAUUGUUUUAUUAGAUUAUAAUGAUGAAGAAAUUCAAUGUCAUGCUGUUUCAACAUUAAGAAAUUUAGCUGCAUCAAGUGAAAAUAAUAGAACUGCAUUAAUACAAGCAGGUGCUUUAUCAAAAUGUGAAGAAUUAGUAUUAAAAUUACCAUUAUCAGUUCAACUGGAAAUUUCAGCAUAUUUUGCUAUUUUAGCUUUGGCUGAUGAUUUAAAACCUCAAUUAUAUGAAAGUCAUUUAAUAGAUGUACUUAUUCCUCUUACAUUCAGUGAAAAUGGUGAAGUUUGUGGUAAUUCAGCUGCAGCUUUAGCUAAUUUAUGUUCAAAAGUAUCAGAAGAGCAUGGAAAAUAUAUUUUAAAUAAUUGGAAUCAACCUGAUGAAGGUAUCUAUGGGUUUUUAUUAAGAUUUUUACAAAGUGGUAGUGUUACCUUUGAACAUAUUGCAUUAUGGACUAUUUUACAGUUAUUAGAAUGCAGUAAUGAUGAUAUAAAAGCUUUAAUAAAAGAGAGUGAACCAAUUCUUACUGGUAUUAAAAAUUCAAAUACUACUGAAGUUGAAUUGAAUUAUUUAUAUCAACAAAUCCUCCACAUUUUAAGUUAAAAGAUUCGUAAGCACAUGUCAAAGUUAUUUUUUUUUUUUAAUUCUCAGUCAUAUUGCUAUAAUAUUCU